AUCACGAACGACGUCGUAGUGAAGCAAAAAUCAAGAACAGUGGCUGCGUUCUGCAAAGCGCAGUUCCGGUGACCGAAACCCCUGAGAUGGGUCAUCUGAGCAAAGCUUCCAAAACCCUGAGGCAAUCAAAUUACCCCUCGUUAUUUUGCAAUUUCAAUUUGAAUCCAUUAACUGAAAGAAUAACCCACCAACGUUUUUCAGUGAUGUUCUGUUCCCAGUUACGCCAAAACAGCACCAGAGAGAAAUUGCACUGAAUCAGAACCACACUCAUCACAACAAUGCUGGCACUCAUUUUCAGAUUGAAUCAGAACCACACUCAAAUCCCCUACAAGACAACCUCGUACAUACCAUGUUCCACCACUUUCAAGUUCUGCUCUCAACCAGAAUCACGUUCCCAUGUCACAAUUAACGUUGACACACUCACCAGAAUCAUCAACGAGCACCCUUUCCCGCACCAACCCCUUCACCCCACACUCCUCCACCACCUCCCUCCUUCCACCAUCUCCACUUCCCUUGUUGAAAACGUUCUUGGAUGCUUGUUUGCUUCACAUUCCAAUGGCCUCAAGGCAUUGGAAUUCUUCAACUACUCCCUCAACCAUUCCCACAACCCCCCAAGUACUGUUUCUCUCAACAUGACCCUCCACAUCCUCACCAGGAUGCGCUAUUUUGACAAAGCUUGGACCUUGUUGAAAGACAUUUCAAGGACGCACCCUUCUUUGCUUACCCUCAAGUCAAUGAGCAUUGUGCUCUCCAAAAUUGCCAAGUUCCAAUCUUUUGAGGAUACCCUUGAUGCGUUUAGAAGGAUGGAGGAUGAGGUGUUUGUUGGUAUGGUGUUUGGUACUGAUGAGUUCAAUGUGCUUCUUAAAGCAUUUUGCACACAGAGGCAGAUGAAGGAAGCGAGGUCUGUGUUCGUGAAGAUGGUGCCGCGGUUUAGUCCCAAUACUAAGACCAUGAAUAUUCUGCUCUUGGGUUUCAAAGAUUCAGGUGAUGUUACUUCUGUUGAGCUUUUCUAUCAUGAAAUGGUUAGGCGUGGUUUUAGUCCUGAUGGUGUGACUUAUAAUAUUAGGAUUGAUGCUUACUGUAAGAAAGGUUGUUUUGGUGAUGCGUUGAGACUUUUGGAGGAGAUGGAGUGUAGGAACUUUGCCCCUACUAUUGAAACUGUAACUACUUUGAUUCAUGGAGCAGGGUUGGUUCAAAAUAAAGGCAAGGCGUGGCAAUUAUUCAAUGAGAUUACGUCGAGGAACUUGGUUGCCGAUACCGGUGCUUAUAAUGCUUUAAUUGCUGCUUUGGUUAGAACUAAAGAUAUUGAGUCUGCACUUUCCUUGAUGGACGAGAUGGUUGACAAACACAUUGAGCUUGAUAGUGUAACUUAUCAUACAGUGUUCUUAGGGUUGAUGAGAUCAAGAGGGAUUGAAGGUGUAAGUGAGCUUUACCAGAAGAUGACUCAGAGGAAUUUUGUUCUGAAAACAAGGACGGUUGUGAUGCUGAUGAAGUUUUUCUGUCAAAAUUAUCGGCUAGAUUUAGGUGUAUGUUUAUGGAAGUACCUGGUGGAGAAAGGUUGUUGUCCUCAUGCUCAUGCUUUAGAUCUUUUGGUCACUGGAUUAUGCUCUAGGGGCUUGGUGCAAGAAGCUUUUGAGUGCUCCAAACAAAUGUUGGAGAGAGGAAGACAUAUGAGUUCUGCAGCAUUUCUAAUGUUGGAGAGGUUUUUGCUGCAGACAGGUAACAUGGACAAGUUGAAGGAGCUUGACCUGAUGAUUAAAAAAUUGCGAAGUGUCUUACCACCUUCUAGAGGACAUGCUACUGGUAUUUCUACCUCCAGGGUUACAAUAUUCAAAUAAAUUACUGCUACCUGAUUUUGGAGGAUUUUUCCUUUCUAAUAUAACAUGUACAUUUCUUUGAAUUGCAGUUGAAGGAUUUAUAGUUUGUUAAUUGAUUUCAAAGUCUUAAAAAGAAAUUUGUUGAUUAAAAUCAUGUAUAUCUUUUUAAGUUUACUUAUCCUCAGUUAAUUUUCUUGGAAGCUCUGUAAAAUAUCAAUAUUCUUAAUACCCAAGCAUUGAUAUUAAAGCCUUUACUACAAUUCAAGCAAUAAAUAGCUACUUCAAUAUAUCCCAAGCCACAACAUUAACAUGGUAGCAUUUAAGCAAGCACCUAAAAUUUUAUAAUCAGCUGGGGGGCAGUCCAAUUUGUAUGGGCCAUUGGUAGAUGGAGGAUAAUUGGAUGAAGGUAGAUUCUACUUUCUUAUUCAAUUGUUAUUAAUUUUGAGCAAGCGAUUUGAAGUUCAACCUGAUCAUUACUGAUCUUGUAAUGAUUGAGUUGAGUUUUAGCUAAUGUAUUGAUAUUUGCUGCACUUCUGCAUACUCCUUGUUUCAAGGCAAAAGGGCAUUUGUCUGUCAUGUUUGUCAGAGAUAUACUUGAGCUUUCAACCAAUACUUAAAAAUGUUCUUAGGUUCAACAGCUUUUGAUAUGAUUAGUGGCUGGACCUGCCAGCCAAUAUGAUCAUAUGCAUUGUUAGUAGAGACUGUCAGGAUAAAGGUUCAGAGGUUAGUGAGUUUCAUAUGGAAUUUGAAAUUUGAAAUUUGUACCCAGAGUAUGAUCGUACAAUGAGGGUUUUUCCUUCAUGGAACCAAAAGCUAUCAGCCAUGAAACAUUAAGUUCAUAUACUGCCACACUAUUUACACAUUACCAUACUGAUAAUUUAGUAUGGUCUUUGCUUGUUCAAAUUUUACCACAGGGUAAUAAUUUGGUGGUUUGCCCCUUUUUGGAUACUAAAGAAAUUAAAAAAUAAGCUCACGUUGCUUGAGUUU